CCGGCCGGUCGAAGUCAAUGACUUGCGGGUCCUUGUCCCUUCCCUUCCAUGCCAUGAACAUGAACCGGAUCCUCAUGCGUGUGCAAGCUGUAAAUUUAACUGUGACCUCGCGUUGAAGCUGAAUAUCGCGUAAACAACGUCUGCCACCCACCACCCACCUGCCCGUGUUUUCUUUGGCCCUGAGAGGUAAACAUGGCGACCAUCCAACCUCUAGUCUUGGACGAGCUUAGCGGCAUCUGGAACUUUUUAGUGAGCAUCGAAUGGCGCGACCCAUGCAUGGUUGCUCUCAUAGCUUUCCAUGUCAUUGUUACUUCGACAGUCCUUCUCACACGGAACCACAGCAAUUUUCAGAUUAUUCUCUUCUUUAUUCUUUUACUGUUGGUGUAUUUUUCUGAAAAUAUAAAUGAAUUGGCUUCCAACAACUGGAGGUUGAUGGCCACUCAUCAGUAUUUCGACAGCAAAGGAAUGUUCAUCUCUAUGGUUUUCUCAAUACCUAUUCUUCUGAACUGCAUGGGCAUGGUGGCCUCAUGGCUGUAUCAAUCUAGUCAACUCAUGACAAAAUUAAAGAAGGCUCAACUGAGGCAGCAAGCUCAGUUGAGUGCUCAAGGGAAACAGGUGCCAUCUACCUACGGAUCAACUCAACUACAGCAACAUUCUAAACAGGACUAAUAUUUCUGCCUUCAUCAUCUUUGACUAAAAUUUUUAACCAGAUUCCAAAUGGCUUUAAAUCAGUGGUAGUAGAUGAAGCUCCCAGAGCUGACCCAGUUUGGUUUUUCAUAUUAUUAUUCAUAGAGUCGAGCUCAUAACUAUGAUUUACGUGUUUAUGAGCAAUUCUUUCUGCCUUGAGCAUAUUAACUUCUACGCAAGUUUUUGAACAAGCCAAGAGGCGCUUCUUUCAUUCCUCCUGUCCCAUACCUCAGAUCUCUUGCCUCCAAGCUAUGUACCUUAACAAUGACAAUGAAAGUGUUACAGACUGUUGUAUUCCUUUGUUUUCAUUUGUAACUCGUGAUGUUGUAAUUCAGCAUUAAUGUUAUUCUACCCAGGUAGCAAUCUGUUCAAGGAAUGUUAGUGGCAUAUAAAAAAAUUUCAAGACUGCUGAUCUCUACUUUACAGUUGAAUUUAGGCUCUUUAAAAUUUAAUCUGUCUUUUCCUGGUAUACUUUUAAAUGCUAUUUAAGAGAAUAGCUGUCAGAGGUUUCUUUCAUCAUACUUUCCUAGAAUAGUCCAACUUUUGUUUCUUCUUCUAAUGUGCUAUAUAAUAUUAUUGUUAUUGCUAUUGCUGGUGGUUGGCUAUGAAUCGAAAAAGCAAUUUCAAUAUAUGUAUAAACGUGUCAUGCAGAGGCUAACCAUAUGUAGUUACAAGAUGUUUCAGUCUUUUAAAAAAUUGUUCUUAAGUCAUGCUGUAUCCGCUUAAAGGAGAAUGGCGCAAGUUGCCUUUCUAAAAAUGUGUUUAGGUAGUUGCUUAAUGAUCUGCACUUAAGGUUAGUUGCUGGUGUCUUUGUUUAAGUUACUUUUGCUCAAUCUGACCCAGCGGGAUAUAUAGGGUACAAAUAUAAGUAGCACUGUAACUACCCACUGUAAAAUGUUUGUUUGUUUCCGUUUUACCCGGAUUUUUUUUUUUUUUAAUUUUUUGGUAUUUACUAUAAACUUAGAUCUGGUUAAUGGUGUUUAUAGAAACAACAGAUAAUUUACAGGUUCCAUCAUAUGAUGUGUGUGUAAUAUUUGUGUGACUCCACUUUGACUCCAUCCUGGUGUCCAUUUAAAUGCAUAGAUGUUGCACUGUUAUUUUAGAGUAUUCUGCUUAGUGGUGUUUGAAUUAUCUUAUCCAAGCUUCUGUUCUUUGUUGAUGCUCUGGUCCCGAAUUUUCCCAGAUACUUCUUGGUUUCCUUGUGACGCAGGUAUCGAUUUUUACAUUCCUCUUCUGUGGAGGGCGUAUCAAUGUAGACCAGCAUUUUUUUUGCCCCAGACUUAUAAAGGUAUUUGGAUAUUGUCAAUAUGCUGAUUGAAGCCUUCACUUGUGUUUGUGGGCCAUCCAUCCAUGUUGAUUUCAAUGUGGAGAUAAAAGAAAUUGUGGAACAUGGUUUUUGUGAUUAUGGAACGAGACUUAAUGUAAUCUUACAGGAUCUUUCCUUUCUGUGAUAACUCAAACUUGAACUUUUUUCUUAAAACCCAAAUGAUUGCUCAUUGCUGAGUAGUGUUUCUGCCUCACUACUUCUAAAAUGGAAUCAUGAUUUCCUGGAACCAGGGAAAGGGUUUUCUGUAUGAACUUAUAUUAUGAAAUUUUAAUGUCAGUGCAAGUUUGUUAAAAUGCUCCUUUGCCAUUCAUUUGAUUUUUAAACUGUGAAGUAACCUUGAUUUCUUAUGUUUCCCAGAUUAAAAUGGUGAAACAUUUUUCUUUAGUACAGUACUUGUGAGUUUAUAAGGUUACUUCAUUACAGAAUAACUUUCAUUGAUGUGUUGAAGUGGUCUGGUUUUAUCAACAUAUUGUACAUAAUAUAUUUUCCAUACAUUAGAAAAGUAUUUUUAUUCAGUAUUGCAAAGGAAGUUAAUGAGUUAACAGCAUGUGUGUAGCAGUUGACUGAAUAUUUCAUUAUUUAAUUGUAAUUGAAAUGUUGUGCUUCAGAAUAUUUUGGCAAUUUAAAAACUCAACCAAGAAGUGUAGAUAAUUCUCAAAAGGCAUGAAAAUUAGAAAAUCGACCACUCUUUUCCAGCGGCAGUUUCAGUUUCUUCUGAAUGUCCGUGGAUACACCAAGCAUUCAAUGAAUCACUCUUACUUUAUCUGUGCUUGUGUUUCUAGUGGUAGAAAUGGUUGGUGGUGGUGUCCACUGCAGCAGGUCAGUACAUGUUCUUGCAUGUAAUCAUGUUCUGCAGCUAUGCCUCCCUUGUUGUAGUCUGUUUAAAUGAACUACUUUUAGCCACUUUAUUUCAAAUGAGAGUUUGGAAUGGGUUAUUUCAUGAUUGUCAACAUCUGUAGAAGCUUAUCGUGUCACCGUUUAUGUAUCUUAUAUUUCUCGCGAACAUGGAAAAGGAACUAAAUGAUAUGGCUUGUUCAUCAAGAAACCACACAGACUAGUCAAGUGCCACUAGUGCACUCUAUUUCAUGUACUUGUUUUCACCUCAUUUUAUUUGCAUUUUGAUGUUGUUUGUUUUAAAAAUCUUUUUAAUCAACAAAUUUUACAAAUUUGGAAUCUCCAUCAGAUUUCACAGCUUAUGUGUUAAUGUCUUACCUUUCUGCAAUGUUGUCAUUUCAUGCUUGUUGUUUAUCCAUAGCUCUUUUGUAUCAGAAUAUUGUAAUUAAAUCCAGGCAUUUAGCAUUUCAAUCAUCCUUCACUGAAGUACAACUUAGAGCACUAAUUGUUAAUGUUUUGAAUAAAGACUGAGCCCCUUCAAA